GCAUUGGUUAUUCCUCCAUUGACUAAACAUCUCAGGCUAGUAGCUAAAUAUUCUCGAAUAAACAAAACUUUCAAAAGAGAAAGUAAAAUCAUGAUUGUUGUGCCCACGGUGAAGUGAAAUUUGUGUUGCCAAAAAAGAACGUUUAAUACCAGCAAAAAUAAACUUGUACUAUUAGUAUGGGGAGAGAAAAUUUUACAUCUAUAUCCAUGAUGCCUAAUCUUUCACUAAGUAGUUUCAUGUUAGUAAUUUUAUUUUGUUCACAUGAAAUUUUGAAUCGGCCGUCAAUUUCACAAUACAUGUAGACUAUUUGCUAUGGACCUCACAUUUUCAAUGAAUGUGGCAAAUACCCUAUGAAAAUUUGGUUGUGAUAUGACAGGGACAGCCUCUGUACUGUUUGUACAAUUCCAUAUUUGGUAGUGUAGGCGGUUUUUUGUGAUAAACAGUCUCUAAUUUGAUUUAUGAUCGAAUAUUCACGGACACGCAUACUGGUCAUGUCAAAAGCUAAUUGAUGUCUUUUGCUUACAUGUAAGUACUGUUCGGAGUGAGUUGGCCAUUCUCGCUUUAAAAUACUGGUUACAUUAUACACCAUGAUGACACCAAUAACAAAAAAUAGUUUUGAUGUCGGGAAAUCAUGAAAUAUAGAUAAAUUAUAUAUAUUCCAUGCAGAAGAUAUGCAUCGUUGUUCGAACACGUUCUGCACAAUCAUGUUCUUGAUUUGAGUGACCCGAUUGGUUGACCUCUUCAAUCUUGUUCUUUAUCAAUUCAAUUGCUUUCUCAUUGAAAUCGAACAAUAUUGAGAUCAAAAACGCCAUCUUAUAUCAAUCCAAACCAGGAGACGGUGUCAUGUCGUGGUUCUAGUGAACGUAUGUGCACACGGGUGAUAGUGUGAGGGUGCAGUAGUGAAAGAUCGGAACGUUCUGGAAUGAAAGGAAGUAGAUGAAACAGAAAUAAGACAAUCAGGAUACCUGUAGAAGUCACGCAGGGAAAAAGUACUCCUUUCCGUUGAAAAAAACCCACAAUAAAUCAGCCGGCAUUUCCCGUUGAGUCAAGAUGGCUUCGAAAACUUGUUCCUUUCGUCGGGCUGAAUACCUUGACCGUUUUAAACCAAGUUUACUCACGGAUCUCAAGGCUGCUUUGAUACGGUUUAAAGGUUACCGAGACAAUCUCAUAGGAAGUUACAAGGGCGUCUCCGAGUUGUCCGGAAAGAUAUACAAUUUAUUAGGCGAAGCUGAUCCUGUUACGAUAAGGAUAAGAUCCGAAGAGGAACAAGUGAUGCCAAUUAAACUUCUAAAACGUGAUCCCAUUAUUCUAGUCAGCGGUCAGGUAAACAGUGGGAAGUCCUCGCUUAUCAAUGAAAUACUCGAGAGUUCACUCGUCCCUGUCGAGGAACUCCCUUGCACGUCUAGGAUAGUUAGGAUCAAAUACAGCGAGGAGAACUAUUACCAGUUGUACGAAAAGACUGGUGAACCGAAAGGAGAGAAGCAGCAAGAAGGCGUAUCAGGAACAAAAUUGAGGACGAAAUUGAAGGGAGAAAUCAAAUGUCGUUCAUCGGUGGGUUGUUGUCAGGAUAUGGUGCCCGAGGAGACUGUUGAAAUUGGGAUCAGGUCGGAUCUGCUCAGGUCUGGGAUACAGAUCGUCGAUACGCCAGGGAUGAGUGAGAACGAGACUCUGGAUAAAAUUGUGCAGGAAUGCCUAGAUGGGGUGCUGCAGGUCCUGAUCUAUGUCAUCGAUGCCAAUCCCUCAGAGAGACACCAAGACGACAAGUUUUUGAACUUCAUCAGAAACAAGGCCCCGGAUAUGAAGAUACUUUUCGCCUGCAACAAAUGCGAAAGGAACGCAAUGGCACGCAAUUUUGACCGCGCAUCGGACGACGAAUAUGAAAGCGACGACGGAGACAGGGACCAAACGGAUGAAGCCCCCAAAGCGGCAAAACUCUCGGCGGGAGAAGUGGUGUUUCGAAAACUGAAGACGAAAGGCCAAAUCUGCGAGGGCCAAGAUAUAAAAAAAUGUGACCAUUUCUUUCAGCUUUCUUGUACAACGACUCGGAAGUCACGACAUAGUAAACCAAUAUCACACGAAAACGAGAAAUUCGUCAAUGAAUUUCACAGGCUGGUCGCGCACAUGAUUCUCCAUUUUCAGGAUUGUGUGGAUCAGCAUCUGAAGAACACCGUGUCGACUCUAUAUGCAUUUGCUACGCGGACAUUUGAUUUCAUCGUGUCUGAUAAGUUCCUAACUCAACGGGCUUGGAAGGAAUUCAGCGCGAAGAUGAAGGAGAGCCAGAAAAUCGAAGGAAGCGUUGUCGAAAAAAUUACAUCUUACAUUAAGGAUCAAAGGCAUCACCUGUAUGAAUCUAUUCGGAUGAUUAUUGAUACUCGAAAGGAGUACAUUGUCACAAAGGGUGGGAAUCUACAACUCUAUCAUGAUUCAGACUGCUCAGGCAAAACCUGGUCAUGUUCUAAGACCAAGCAAUACAGAGAACAGCUCUCUGUGUUCCUGCUGAACACAGUCAGUGACGAGAUCACUGGUAAAGGUGCUGUGUCUGGGUUACUUGAAACCAUUGAAAAGGAGGUGAAGACCCAGAUCUGUGGACUGCUUGAAGACUGUCGUAACCUUAACGGCAUUGGUGAUCUCCGGUCGCAGUUAGAGUCAUGUUACCAGAUCGUUCUAACAGCGCCAUCCUCCAAAUCAUUUAGUAAAGAUAUCCUCAGGAAGACUCUCCAUAAUCGUAUCUACUUUGCCUUUGAAGAUUUCGCCUACGAGCACUUCCAGGCACCGCGCACCGUGGCGCACGAAAACUGGUGCAAGAGCACGAUUAGGAGACUCCUGGAUAUGAUAAACGUCGAAGAGUUCGGCAAUGCCAUCUGCGAUCAGUUGUCCAGCCAGGUCACAGAGGCACACCAGCGUUUUGUGGACAUCCUUCAACACAUAGAAAUCAUCCAUCACAGCAGACUUUCUGAGCAGAGAAACCUACUCGAACUCAUUCCCGCUUUCUCGUCGACGAUAUGCAAACUAUGGGCUCUCAAGAGUGAAAUUAACCUCGGGGAAAAGAAUGUGCAGAUGUUGGACUGUUUGGUGGUUGGGAAUGGUCGAAACUUGGUGUUCGAGUGUCGGUACGGUGGAACGAAGGCUGCUGCCAGACGCGUCAAGGGCGACGACACAGAACAACAUGAGAAGUUCGCCAAACUUGUCAACUAUUCAAGAUUACUUCAACUUAAUCACAAGAAUGUUCUUCAAGUCCUCGAUGUCCAUUAUGAUAUGACUGGGGUCCUCCACGCCAUUGUCCCCUUCAUGGAGGGUAAUCUGUUCCUCAUGCUGUGCAACGCAAUCCCUGCAACCCGCGCGCCCCUCCGAGAGCGUCUUGUGAUAGCCCACAGCAUAGUGAAGGCCUGCGAUUUCCUGGCAGACAGAGGCUUCAGGGUUACGGACCUUCGACCCAACAAUGUCCUGAUGAAUAAUGGUAUGCCCGUGCUGAACCUCCUGAAAUGGAAGUCAGAUGCACCAUAUCCCGAGCCAGACGGCAAGCCGCCAUUCCAUUGGGCCCCGGAGGUCAUCCUAGGCAUAGAGCAUAACUCGCGGAAGACGUAUGACACAUACAGCUGCGCAAUCCUCAUCUGGUGGCUCGCCAUGGGCCAGUUCAUCAGACCAAAGUUCGCUGACUCGAACGACAUCAACGUGAUUAACUCAUCAGUCAUACACAGAUUGCGAACUGUUGACAUUCAGAUUUACGAAUCAUUUAAUCGUUCAGAUGCCCGUCAAAAUGCGACGUACGCUGAGGCACAGUUAUUGGACAAUGUGCAGGCGCUCCUGUCUAGAAACAUCACGGAAUGCGAUGAACGAUUGGAGAUCGGUGAACUGCAGAAAGCAAUGCUGAAAAUCAUCUUGAGCUGAAUGAUUGCAUACCGCUUAACCCGACAUGUGUAUGGCCGGAGUUCGUAUAUGGCCAGCAGUUCUGAACUUAUUGGCACUCUGAUUAGUUCUUACAUCAUUCAUGCAACACCACGCAUCCAAACAUGCCAAAUGCACAAUAACGCAAAGCAUUGCAUUGGCAAAGUGCACUGCAAAUGAUUUCCCGCUGACAGGAUUGAUAUUGGUGGCAAAUUUAUCGAGAGAAAAAAAUUGAUCAACUCAAUGUUUAUAACUCUUAAUACUAGCUCUAUACAUUUGUACAUGCUAUUAUCAUUGAAUUGGAAAAGAAUAUUCGGGAAUGAGCAUAGUCAGACAUUUUAACUAAUGGGAUGGGAAUGAAUUAUUAUUUCAUUGCAACCACUACAAUACAAUCACAUAUACAACAUUUUGGGUGUCGCAUGUCAAAUUUGCAUUGCAUAAAAUCUUUUGUAACCCCGAAGAGUAAAUGAUUCACCGUCAAUGAUAUUUGGAACAAAAGACAUCUUGAUUUGCUCCAUUUUGAUACUGUAAACCUCUAAGAUAUGUGAUGUAUCCUGGCUGGGAGUAAAUACCAUGAACAUUUCAUCAAAACAAAUCAUUGAUAAGUGUGAUAUCAUCCUUUUUGUGUUUUCAGUUUUGGCCCCUGGUGGCCAAGUCAAGCAUCAGAUCAGACCAAAAUUGGCUGUCAGAGGUCAUCUGACCUAGGGGGUAAUGCAUAAAAACUUCCAAGCUCAUAGCCCUACCAGUUAAGAAACGUGCCACAGUUACGCUCAAACGGCAAAUUUAUGCCAUUUGACCUCUGUGACCUUGAAAAGUAGGCCAAAUCAAAAACACGUACAAUAUGUGAUAUAUCCUUGUUAGGAGUACCAACCAUAAAAAAUUUCAUCAAAAACAAAUCACUAAUAAGUGAGAUAUCACAAUAUUUAUGUAUUCAGUUUUGGCACCCUGGUGGCCAAGUCAAAUAUCAGACCGGACCGAAAUUCAGUGUCAAAGGUCAUCUGACCUAGGGGGUCAUGCAUACAAAGUUUCGAUUCCAUAGCCCUAUCGGUUAAGAAACGCGCCACUGUUUUUGAAAUAAGAUACGGAGGACGACGACGACGACGACGGGACGACGACGGACAACAGACACUGCAGUGUUGUAUAGACUCACCGUACCGGUGAGCCAAAAAAGGAACAAUGUAUUUGUCGUUUUUUACUUCCGCGAUCGCUGUGAUUACUUCAUUAGUAAAGGCGUAGUCACUGGCAUUAAAUGUACGGACCACGAUGCGCCACUUCUUCCCUUGACUUCGUACGCUCCCAUACUGAAGAAAUAUUCGAAUACCCGCAUUCACCACGGUGCUACAGACAGGGUCUGCACCCUUUGUUAAAUGCAUGCAUCAGCCAACCCAACAAAAUCAAACAACGUUCAGCUUAUUGUCAAAUUUUUCUCAAAAAUCAAUUGAACUUCAUGACACAUUGAGUGGACGACACAAAGACAACGCUCGAGGCCUCUGAAGUACAACAAUGAACAGAAAAGACAAAAAGUCAAAUAUUAUUGAUACAAAACGAUAUGUAUCUUCCAUCAUGCGUUGUUAAUUUCGAGCAAGAAGAAUAAGAGAGUAAUGUGAAUUAUUGCUGCUGACAAUCAGAGGUUACAGGGUCAGUGAAGGCGGAUCUCUCGGCGUCGUCGUAGUGUUUUCUACAUUAGUUCAUAAUACUUAUGUGAGUAUAAAAGAUGA